UUUGAAACAUGUAGGGGCCUCCAAAGAGCAGGGCACGAGUUACGGUGCCGGCUGGGUGGCAGCGAGGAUCCCCGGCUCGCCCUGCCAGGCGCGGACCCUGCUGGCUGCAUCCCACCGAGGCUCCCGCUGUGUGCUGCCCUGCGAACUUGCCGGGGUUUAGGUGGGAACACACACGGCUGUCAAUCUGCAGGGACGAGCCUCAUUCGAAAGCGACUGAAGCAGCAAAGUGGGAGUAUACUUUGCCAAGAAGCGUUUUACUGUUGUUUUCUUUUCCUCUGUUUUGUGGAGAGAUUUCAUGUCUGCUCACGUGCUUUGGUAUGAGGAAGUGGAAGAUGAUUAUGAACGGGAAGAUGUUCAAAAGAAAACAUUCACAAAAUGGAUAAAUGCACAGUUUGCUAAGUGUGGAAGACGUUGCAUUGAAGAUCUUUUUAAUGAUUUUCGAGAUGGACGAAAACUUCUGGAGCUCCUGGAAUGCCUUACAGGCCAAAAAAUUGCAAAAGAAAAGGGCUCCACAAAAGUUCAUGCUCUGAACAAUGUCAACAAAGCACUGCAGAUUUUGCAGAGAAAUAAUGUUGAUUUGGUAAAUAUUGGGAGCUCAGACAUUGUGGAUGGCAAUCAUAAACUGACUCUUGGUUUGAUCUGGAAUAUAAUCCUCCACUGGCAGGUCAAAGAUGUAAUGAAAAACAUCAUGGCUGGACUGCAGCAGACAAACAGUGAAAAGAUUCUGCUGAGCUGGGUCCGUCAAUCAACUCGUAAUUACCCACAGGUCAAUGUUAUCAAUUUCACCAGUAGCUGGUCUGAUGGAUUGGCUUUCAAUGCACUCCUUCACAGUCACAGGCCAGACCUGUUUGAUUGGAAUGCUGUUGCUUCUCAGCAGUCACCUGUGAAACGAUUAGACCAUGCAUUUAACAUAGCCAGGCAACACCUGGGCAUAGAGAAGCUCCUUGAUCCUGAAGACGUUGCAACUGCCUGUCCAGAUAAGAAGUCCAUCUUAAUGUACGUGACUUCCCUCUUCCAAGUUCUGCCACAGCAAGUCACUAUGGAGGCCAUCAGGGAGGUGGAAAUGCUGCCUCGGCACUCAAGGGUCACUAGAGAAGAGCACACACAAGUACAUCAACAGCAUUUUUCACAAGAGAUCACAGUCAAUAUACCCCCGAGACCUUCACCUUCUCCUAAACCACGGUUCAAAAGUUAUGCAUAUGCACAAACUGCGUAUGUCAUACCCCCUGACCAAAAAAGGAGGCAGGUUCCUCCACAGUUUUUAGAAACUGUUGAAAAAAGAACAUAUACCACCACAGUGAUGAGGUCCGAAAUGGAUCUUGACAGCUACCAAACUGCUUUAGAAGAAGUACUCACGUGGCUUCUCUCUGCUGAAGAUGCAUUACAAGCACAAGGGGAUAUAUCCAGUGAUGUAGAAGUUGUUAAAGAACAGUUUCAUACCCAUGAGGGUUUCAUGAUGGAAUUAACAGCUCACCAAGGCCGUGUUGGUAACGUUUUGCAAGUUGGAAGUCAACUUUUAACAAUUGGAAGGCUUUCAGAUGAUGAAGAAAACGAAAUUCAAGAACAAAUGAAUCUACUCAAUUCUCGAUGGGAAAGUCUCAGGGUUGCAAGUAUGGAAAAACAAAGCAAUUUACAUAAAAUCCUAAUGGAUCUCCAGAAUCAGCAACUAGCCCAGUUAGCUGACUGGCUAACGAAAACAGAGGAAAGGACAAAGAAGAUAGAUUCAGAGCCCUUAGGACCAGAUCUAGAGGACUUAAAGCGUCAAGUAGAAGAACAUAAGGCAUUUCAAGAUGAUUUGGAACAGGAACAAGUGAAGGUGAACUCUCUAACCCAUAUGGUGGUGGUGGUGGAUGAAAACAGUGGAGACAAAGCGACGGCUGCACUGGAAGAGCAGCUUCAGCACUUUGGAAGCCGGUGGGCAGCCAUCUGCAGAUGGACAGAAGAUCGAUGGGUCCUUUUGCAAGAUAUUCUUAGAAAAUGGCAACACUUUGCAGAAGAGCAGUGCCUUUUUGAUGCGUGGCUUACUGAGAAAGAAGAUGCACUUAGCAAAAUCCAGACAAGCGACUUCAAAGAUGAAAAUGAGAUGCUGACUAGUCUACGCAAAUUAGCUAUCCUAAAAGGAGAUAUAGAAAUGAAAAGACAAAUGAUGAGUAAGCUGAAGUCACUCAGCAAAGACCUCCAUGUAGCUGUGAAAAAUAAAGCAGUCGCUCAGAAGCUGGAAAGCCGACUUGAAAACUUUGCCCAGCGCUGGGAUAGCCUUGUGCAGAAGUUGGAGAGCAAUUCUAAGCAGGUUUCGCAGGCUGUCACUUCCACUCAGACAUCACUAACACAGACUACUGUAAUGGAAACUGUCACUAUGGUGACCACAAGGGAACAAAUCCUGGUUAAGCAUGCUAAAGAGGAGCUCCCACCACCACCUCCUCACAAAAAGAGGCAACUCCUUGUGGAUUCGGAAAUUAGGAAGAGGUUUGACUCGGAUACAACAGAACUCCAUAGCUGGAUGACACGCUCAGAAGCAAUACUCCAGAGUCCUGAAUUUGCAAUAUAUCGAAAGGAAGGAAAUCUCUCAGAUCUCAGAGAAAGAGUCAAUGCCAUCCAGCGAGAAAAGCCUGAGAAGUACAGAAAGCUGCAAGAUGCCAGCAGAUCAGCUGAGGCCCUGGUGGAACAGAUGGUGAAUGAGGGUCUGAAUGCUGACAACAUUAGACAAGCCUCAGAGCAGCUGAAGAGUCGCUGGAUUGAGUUCUGUCAGUUGCUGAGUGAAAGACUGGCAUGGUUGGAGUACCAAAAUAGCAUCAUUGACUUCUAUUCCCAGCUGCAGCAACUGGAGCAGACAGCAAUUACAGCAGAAAACUGGCUGAAAGCACAACCCACACCAGCAACAGAUCCUGCUACAGUAAAAAUUCAGUUGGAAAAAUGCAAGGAUGAAAUCAUCCGAAUGUCAACUCUUCAGCCCCAAAUUGAACGGCUAAAGGCUCAAAGUCGAGCUCUGAAAGAGAAAGAAGGCAGCCCAGUGUUUCUGGAUGCUGACCUUGCUGCUUUUACCAGCCACUUCAAACAAAUACUUGCUGACAUGCACACCAGAGAAAAGCAACUGCAGACCAUUUUUGACAGUUUGCCUCCUGCACGUUAUAAAGACACAGUGACUACUAUACUUUCAUGGAUCCAGCAGUCAGAAACUAAAGUCUCCGUACCUCCGGUUGCAGUUGCUGAAUAUGAAAUCAUGGAACAGAGACUUUUGGAGCUCAAGGCUCUACAAAGUUGUCUGCAAGAGCAGCAAAAAGGCCUGAACUAUCUCAACACAACCGUUGAAGAUUUGUCUAGGAAAGCCCCUGCAGAAGUCAGCCAGAAAUACCGAUCGGAGGUUGAGUUGAUUGUUGGCCACUGGAAAAAGCUGUCAUCGCAGUUGGUGGAACAUUGCCAGAAACUUGAGGAUCUUAUGACUAAACUCCAACGAUUCCAGAAUGACACAAAAACAUUGAAGAAGUGGAUGGCUGAAGUAGAUGUCUUUCUGAAGGAGGAAUGGCCUGCUCUUGGUGAUUCAGAAGCUCUGGAAAAGCAACUAGAACAGUGUACAGCUUUAGUGAAUGAUAUCCAGACAAUCCAGCCAAGUUUGAACAGUGUUAAUGAGAUUGGGAAGAAAAUGAAGAGGGAAGCAGAGCCAGAAUUUGCUUCCAGAAUAGCAACAGAACUAAAGGAUCUCAAUGCUCAGUGGGAACAUAUUUGCCAACAGGCGCAUGCUAAGAAGGCAGCAUUAAAAGGUGGUUUGGAUAAGACUGUGAGCCUGAGAAAGGAUUUGUCAGAGAUGCAUGAAUGGAUAACACAAGCUGAGGAAGAAUAUCUGGAAAGAGAUUUUGAGUAUAAAACACCCGACGAAUUACAGAAAGCUGUUGAAGAACUGAAGAGAGCAAAGGAAGAGGCCAUGCAGAAAGAAGUGAAAGUGAAGCUUAUUACUGAUUCCGUGAAUAAUUUCAUAGCAAAGGCUCCACCUGCAGCUAACGAGGCUUUGAAAAAGGAGCUUGAUGUUCUAAUUACCAGCUAUCAGAGACUCUGCAGCAGACUGAAUGGAAAGUGCAAAACUUUGGAGGAAGUCUGGGCAUGUUGGCAUGAAUUGUUGUCAUAUUUGGAUGCAGAAAACAAAUGGUUGAAUGAGGUGGAAUUGAAACUCAAGGCAACUGAAAAUAUCCAGGGAGGUGCAGAAGAGAUUUCUGAGUCUUUAGAUUCUUUGGAACGUUUAAUGAGACAUCCAGAAGAUAAUCGCAGUCAGAUUCGGGAAUUAGCUCAGACUUUAACUGAUGGUGGAAUCUUGGAUGAACUGAUCAAUGAGAAACUUGAGAAGUUCAAUACUCGAUGGGAAGAACUGCAGCAGGAGGCUGUGAGAAGGCAAAAGAGUCUUGAACAGAGUAUUCAAUCUGCCCAGGAGACUGACAAAACCCUCCGCUUAAUUCAAGAAUCUCUUGCUGCUAUAGACAAACAGCUGACAGCCUACACUGCAGACAGAGUUGAUGCAGCACAAGUGCCUCAGGAAGCGCAGAAAAUACAAUCUGAAUUAACAAGUCAUGAGGUUAGUUUGGAAGAAAUGAAGAAACGAAACCGAGGCAAAGAAUCUGCAAAAAGAGUCCUUUCCCAAAUUGAUGUGGCACAGAAAAAGCUUCAGGAUGUCUCCGUGAAGUUCCGCUUGUUUCAGAAACCAGCUAAUUUUGAACAGCGUCUACAAGAAUGCAAAAGAAUUUUAGAUGAAGUGAAGUUGCAAGUGCCCAAAUUGGAGACGAAGAGUGUUGAGCAGGAAGUAGUACAGUCGCAUUUGGACCACUGCAUGAAAUUAUAUAAAAGCCUGAGUGAGGUGAAGUCCGAAGUGGAAACAGUGAUAAAAACUGGGAGGCAGAUUGUUCAAAAGCAGCAGACAGAGAACCCAAAGGAACUGGAUGAAAGGCUUACAGCUUUGAAGUUGCAAUAUAAUGAAUUGGGUGCGAAGGUGACAGAAAAAAAGCAAGAGUUAGAGAAAUGCUUGAAGUUGUCCCGGAAGCUACGAAAAGAAAUUAAUUCUCUGACAGAAUGGCUUGCAGCAACAGAUGUGGAAUUGACAAAGAGGUCAGCUGUGCAAGGAAUGCCUAGCAAUUUGGAUGCUGAAAUUGCCUGGGGCAAGGCAACACGGAAAGAGAUUGAGAAACGCCAAGUCCAGCUUAAGAAUGUCAGUGAUUUAGGAGAGAAUUUGAAGACAGUACUGAAGGGAAAGGAAAGUCUAGUGGAAGACAAACUCAGCCUCCUGAACAGUAAUUGGAUAGCAGUAACUUCACGUGCUGAGGAAUGGUUAAAUCUGUUAAUGGAAUAUCAAAAGCACAUGGAGGCUUUUGAUCAGAAAGUAGCUAAUGUCACAACUUGGAUAUAUCGUGCUGAAAUACUGUUGGAUGAAUCUGAUAAGCAAAAGCCCCAGCAAAAAGAGGAAACUCUUAAGCGCUUAAAGGCUGAGCUGAAUGAUAUGCAUCCAAAGGUGGACUCAGUGCGUGACCAAGCAGUAGACUUGAUGACAAACCGUGGCGAUCACUGCAGGAAAGUAAUAGAGCCUAAAAUAUCAGAGCUCAACCAUCGAUUUGCUGCCAUAUCACAAAGAAUUAAGAGUGGAAAGCCCUUCAUUCCUUUGAAGGAAUUGGAGCAAUUUGACUUCGAUAUACAAAAAUUGCUUGAACCACUGGAGGUUGAAAUUCAGCAGGGGGUGAAUCUGAAAGAGGAGGACUUCAAUAAAGAUAUGAGUGAAGAGGAUGAGAGCACAGUGAAAGAAUUGCUGCAAAGGGGCGACACGCUUCAGAAAAGAAUCACAGAUGAGAGACAACGGGAGGAAAUAAAGAUAAAACAGCAGCUGUUGCAGACUAAACAUAAUGCUCUCAAGGACUUAAGGUCUCAAAGAAGAAAAAAGGCUUUAGAGAUUUCUCAUCAAUGGUAUCAGUACAAGAGACAGGCUGAUGACCUAAUGACAUGGCUGGAUGACAUUGAGAAAAAGUUAGCCAGUCUACCAGACCACAAAGAUGAACAGAAGCUAAAGGAGAUUGGUGGAGAGUUGGAGAAGAAGAAGGAAGAUCUGAAUGCGGUGAACAGGCAGGCUGAACGCCUGUCUAAGGAUGGGGCUGCAAAAGCAGUGGAGCCAACCCUGGUACAGCUCAGCAAGCGCUGGCGAGAUUUUGAGAGCAAAUUUGCUCAGUUUCGAAGACUCAACUAUGCACAAAUUCAAACAGUUCACGAAGAUACAACUUUUGUGAUGACUGAAAGUAUGACUGUGGAAACCGCUUACGUGCCUUCUACAUACCUGGCAGAGAUCCUUCAGCUUCUGCAAGCCUUGUCUGAAGUAGAAGAAUGCCUUAAUUCUCCUGUUCUGCAGGCUAAGGACUGUGAGGACCUCUUGAAACAAGAAGAAUGUCUCAAGAACAUUAAAGAUCGCCUGGGGAGACUCCAGGGUCAUAUAGACAUUAUUCACAGCAAGAAGACACCGGCUUUGCAGAGUGCUACACCAAGGGAAACAGCAAAUAUACAGGAAAAGCUGACUCAGCUUAAUUCCCAGUGGGAGAAAGUUAACAAGAUGUACCGGGACCGACAGAUACGCUUUGACAAAUCCAUGGAAAAGUGGCGGCUUUUUCACUGUGAAAUGAAAAGUUUUAAUGAGUGGCUGACUGAAACUGAAGAGAAACUGUCAAGAGCACAGGUAGAGGCUGGAGAUGUGGGUCACGUGAAAACCAAGCAAUUUCUCCAGGAGCUGCAGGAUGGCAUUGGGCGACAGCAAACUGUUGUCAGAACACUGAAUGUAACUGGUGAAGAAAUUAUUGAGCAGUCAUCAGCAGCAGAUGCUAAUGUGCUGAAGGAGCAACUGGCAAAUCUGAAUACCCGGUGGCAUGAGAUCUGCAGACAGCUGGUAGAGAAAGAAAAGAGGAUAGAGGAAGAAAAGAAUAUUUUAUCAGAAUUUCAAGAAGACUUGAACAAGCUGAUUUUAUGGUUAGAGGAAACAGAAAGCGUCGUUGCUAUUCCCCUUGAACCAGGGAAUGAAGAUCAGCUAAGAGACUGCCUCGGCAAAGUAAAGUUAAGAGUUGAAGAGCUGCUGCCACACAAGGGAAUACUGAAACGAUUAAAUGAAACUGGAGGAACAGCACUUGGAAGUGCAUCACUGAACCCAGAAAGAAAACAUAAGCUCGAGAGCACACUGAAGGAGGCUAGCCGUCGCUUGUUAAAGGUGUCCAGAGAUCUACCAGAGAGGCAAAAAGAAAUAGAAAUUCUGCUGAAGGAUUUCAUCGACCUUGAUCAGCAAAUAAAUCAACUGACAUUGUGGAUAACACCUGUCAAAAAUCAGCUAGAGCUUUAUAACCAAGUGGGUCAGCCAGGAGCUUUUGAUAUUAAGGAAACCGAAGCAGCAGUGCAGGCUAAACAGCCGAAUGUGGAAGAGGUUUUGUCUAAAGGGUGUCAUUUGUAUAAGGAAAAACCAGCCACUCAUCCAGUAAAGAAAAAAUUAGAAGACUUGAAUGCGGACUGGAAGGCAAUAAAUCACUUAAUUCUACAACUGAAGGAAAAGCCAACAUUCGGAGAGCCUGUCCUUUCCUCUCCAGGUGUCUUAACUUCUGGUCAAACUGUUGCUGUGGAUACACAAACCAGGGUAACCAAGGAAACCACCAGCUUCACACCAGAAAUGCCAUCUUCUGUGCUUUUGGAGGUUCCAGCCUUAGCUGACUUCAAUAAGGCAUGGGCAGAACUCACUGACUGGCUUUCUCGACUGGAUCGAGAGAUUAAAGCUCAGAGAGUGACAGUAGGAGAUCUUGAUGAUAUCAACGACACGAUCAUCAAACAAAAGGCAAUACUACAAGAUCUGGAGCAAAGACGUCCCCAGCUGGAUGAACUAAUAACUGCAGCACAAAAUCUAAAAAACAAGACGAGCAAUCAAGAAGCCAGAACAAUAAUUACUGACCGCAUUGAAAAAAUACAGAGCCAGUGGGAUGAUGUGCAUGGAUACCUCCAAAGCCGAAUACAACAGCUUCAUGAGAUGCUAAAGGAUUCAACACAGUGGCUGGAAGCUAAACAAGAAGCUGAACAGGUUCUUGAACAAGCAAAAGCAAAGCUUGAGUCGUGGAAAGAAAUUUCCUAUACUGUGGAAGCUCUGAAAAAGCAGAACACUGAGCUUAAGCAAUUUUCAAAAGAGAUACGACAGUGGCAAAUGAAUAUAGAAGUGGUGAAUGACGUGGCACUUAAGCUGCUCCGCGAUUAUUCAGCAGAUGACACCAGAAAAGUAGAACUGAUGACAGAUAACAUUAAUGCAACAUGGGCUACAAUCUGUAAGAGGGUUAGUGAACGUGAAGCUGCACUGGAAUCAGCCCUACUGAUGUUGCAGGAAUUCUACCUGGAUCUUGAAAAGUUCCUCGCAUGGCUUACAGAAGCUGAAACAACUGCUAAUGUCCUGCAGGAUGCUACACGCAAAGAAAAGACACUAGAAGAUCCCCAGAUGGUUCGGGAGCUCAUGAAACAGUGGCAGGAUCUACAGGCAGAAAUUGAUGCACAUACUGACAUCUUCCACAACCUGGAUGAAAAUGGGCAGAAAAUCCUGAGAUCCCUGGAAGGCUCAGAGGAUGCUGUCCUGUUGCAGAGACGUCUGGAUAACAUGAACUUCAGAUGGAGUGAGCUUAGGAAGAAAUCGCUAAACAUUAGAUCUCAUUUGGAAGCCAGUACAGACCAGUGGAAGCGUUUACAUCUCUCUCUUCAGGAACUUUUGGCAUGGCUGCAAUUGAAGGAGGAUGAAUUAAAACAGCAAGCACCCAUUGGUGGAGAUCUUCCCACUGUGCAGAAGCAGAAUGAUGUUCAUAAGACUUUCAAGAGGGAGCUGAAAACAAAAGAACCUGUCAUCAUGAGUGCACUUGAGACUGUGCGACUCUUCCUGGCAGAUCAGCCAGCGGAGGGACUGGAGAAGGUCUAUCCAGAACCAAGAGAGCUAUCACCUGAGGAGAGGGCUCAGAAUGUCACUAAAGUUCUCCGAAGGCAAGCAGAUGAUGUCAGAACUGAGUGGGAUAAGCUAAAUCUACGUUCUGCUGAUUGGCAAAAGAAGAUAGAUGAUGCUCUUGAAAGGCUGCAGGGCCUUCAGGAAGCGAUGGAUGAACUGGACCUGAAACUGCGCCAGGCUGAAGCAUUCAAGGGAUCCUGGCAGCCAGUGGGGGAUCUGCUGAUUGACUCUCUGCAGGAUCACUUAGAAAAAGUCAAGGUUUAUCGAGCAGAAAUGGUGCCCCUUAAAGAGAAAGUGCAUCAAGUCAAUGAGCUGGCUCACCGGUUCGCUCCCCCUGAUAUUCAGCUCUCCCCAUACACUCUCAGCUGUCUGGAGGACCUGAACACAAGGUGGAAAGUGCUACAGGUGGCCAUUGAUGAGCGCAUCAGGCAACUGCAUGAAGCUCACAGGGAUUUUGGCCCUACUUCCCAGCAUUUUCUUACCACUUCUGUCCAAGGCCCCUGGGAGAGGGCAAUCUCGCCAAACAAAGUGCCCUAUUACAUCAACCAUGAGACGCAGACAACCUGCUGGGAUCAUCCUAAGAUGACUGAGCUCUACCAGUCUUUAGCGGACCUGAACAAUGUCAGGUUCUCAGCAUACAGAACUGCCAUGAAGCUCCGCAGGCUGCAGAAAGCUCUCUGCUUGGAUCUCCUGAAUCUGUCUGCUGCAUGCGAUGCCUUGGACCAGCACAACCUCAAGCAAAAUGACCAGCCGAUGGAUAUUCUGCAGAUCAUCAACUGCUUGACCACUAUUUAUGAUCGACUGGAACAGGAGCACAAUAAUCUGGUCAAUGUUCCUCUCUGUGUGGACAUGUGCCUCAACUGGCUGCUGAAUGUCUAUGACACGGGUCGAACAGGAAGGAUCCGUGUCUUAUCUUUCAAAACUGGUGUUGUAUCUCUUUGUAAAGCACACCUGGAAGAUAAGUAUAGAUACCUGUUCAAGCAGGUGGCGAGCUCCACUGGCUUCUGUGACCAGCGCCGGCUGGGACUACUGCUACACGACUCCAUCCAGAUCCCACGACAGCUGGGGGAGGUCGCUUCGUUUGGGGGCAGCAACAUCGAGCCAAGUGUCAGAAGCUGCUUCCAGUUUGCAAAUAACAAGCCCGAGAUCGAAGCAGCCUUGUUCCUGGACUGGAUGAGACUGGAACCACAAUCCAUGGUGUGGCUGCCCGUGCUGCAUAGGGUGGCUGCUGCAGAAACUGCCAAACACCAAGCGAAGUGUAACAUCUGCAAGGAGUGCCCCAUUAUUGGAUUCAGGUACAGAAGCUUAAAGCACUUUAACUAUGACAUCUGCCAAAGUUGCUUCUUCUCUGGCCGUGUUGCAAAAGGUCACAAAAUGCACUAUCCCAUGGUGGAGUACUGCACACCAACAACUUCUGGAGAAGAUGUCCGUGACUUUGCCAAGGUACUAAAAAACAAAUUUCGAACAAAAAGAUAUUUUGCAAAGCACCCACGAAUGGGCUACCUGCCUGUGCAAACUGUCUUGGAGGGAGACAACAUGGAAACUCCUGUUACUCUGAUCAACUUCUGGCCAGUAGAUUCUGCGCCUGCCUCGUCCCCUCAGCUUUCACACGAUGAUACUCAUUCACGCAUUGAACAUUAUGCUAGCAGGCUAGCAGAAAUGGAGAACACCAAUGGUUCUUACCUAAAUGACAGUAUUUCACCUAAUGAGAGCAUCGAUGAUGAACACUUGUUAAUCCAGCACUACUGCCAAAGUCUGAACCAGGAAUCCCCCCUGAGCCAGCCCCGAAGCCCUGCCCAGAUCUUGAUUUCUCUGGAGAGUGAAGAAAGAGGUGAACUGGAGAGAAUUCUUGCAGAUCUGGAAGAAGAAAAUCGAAACUUGCAAGCGGAGUAUGACCGUUUGAAGCAGCAGCAUGAUCACAAAGGAUUGUCUCCACUGCCAUCCCCACCAGAGAUGAUGCCGGUUUCUCCACAAAGUCCCCGCGAUGCUGAACUUAUUGCAGAAGCCAAACUACUCCGCCAGCACAAGGGCCGCCUGGAGGCCAGGAUGCAGAUUCUGGAGGAUCACAACAAACAGCUGGAGUCACAGCUGCACAGGCUGAGGCAGCUGCUGGAGCAGCCACAGGCAGAUGCCAAGGUGAAUGGUACAACACUAUCAUCUCCUUCUACCUCUUUGCAGAGGUCAGACAGCAGUCAGCCAAUGCUUCUUCGUGUAGUUGGCAGCCAGACUUCAGAAACCAUGGGCGAGGACGACCUGCUCAGCCCUCCCCAAGACACAAGCACAGGUUUGGAGGAAGUGAUGGAGCAGCUUAACAACUCCUUCCCCAGUUCCAGAGGUGUUUGGGUUUUGGUUUCCAUUUUUUUGCUGUUACUUUUUUUUAUUUUACCAAUUGCUGUAGAUAAACCUGUCCCGUUUAGAGUGGAGAAGCAACCUGCCCCUCCUUUACCUUAAGGUAUGUCCACAGCUAGAUAAGUGGAUGAAACAGCAUCCUCUCCGACUCUUGUUUCCUUAGCUUUUUAUUCUUCUCCCUUUUGGCUGUGUUCCUUUUCUCACAGCUUCUCUCCUUCAGGCUGUCCCCCUUUCCGAUUUAUGUCAAUACAUCCUACCACGUUUAUCUUCCUGCCUUUUUCCAAGAUGAACAUGCUUCUAAAUAAUAUUAAACUCUAAAUCAGAGUUCUUGACCUUGUAGCACAUAAGUUCAGAGUGACAGAGGAAAAACAAGUGGGUGGUUUGUUUGUGCAGCAGAGGCUGCGUACAGCCACAGCAUUUCUUUCAAUGCCUCUAUUCUACUCAUUCCUGUUGUUUGCUCAAGGUAGACAUUUGUAUUUUUUGGAACUUGUUUUUUUCACCAAGGAGGGAUCUUACCUGAGUCCAGCUGAAAUACAGGAGAGGGGAUGUGCAGGAUGUACCUGUAGCAGUUAAGAAGGCACAGACAUAAUCCUCUUGGCAGAGGGAUGUCUCAAUGUCUAUUGAUACUUGGUUGACUGGGUUUCAAUAGGGACAUAGACUGCCUGCAGGAGCUGUCUUAGAUACCAUUCUUGGCUAACUAGGAAUAGAAAAUAAAGGUUUUUAUUUUAUUAGUGAGGAAUGAAAAGUAAAAGUUCGCGGGUAAAAAUAGCAGAAUAUGCAUACCAGUGGAAAAAAAUGGAAAAUUUUAACAAUAGUUAAUAUUUUAGUUCAGAAAGAUAAGCUGUAACUUCGCAUCUCCAUUCUGUUGUUACAGAAUGUGGUGAUUUAAAUGUGGAGAAUGAAUAUAUUUCCUGAUUUUAUUUCUCUUGUCAGUAACCAUAUUAAAAGUGUAUUAAAAGAGAUUGCAAGAAAUAUAUUCUCUGUGAAGAAACAACGAAGAAAAAGUGGCGAAGUAUUUGCUGGGACAGUCUCCUACUCGGACAGAUGAGAACGAAUCAGAAUUAGUAUGUUUAGAUAACAAUUUAUUUUCACAGAUGGUGCUGAUUCAGAGCUGUUUUCCCACUGCUUAUAAAUGUGAUAUCCUUAUCUUUCUAUCCUUUGCUUGUACAGCAGAAAGACUGCUCCACAAUACUUGGCCUUUGUAGACUCUAUAAGCUCUUCUGUCCCUGAAAUAAUAUAUCACUCAUAUCAAAUUUUCUAAAACACAGCCGCUGUUUGUUCCUGUUUUUCUGCCUGACUAGCAACAGUAAAGGACAAAAUUAUUCUCUAAACGGAGAGAGUCUGACAAAAUCAGAGUUCCUACAAGACAUUUCUCUUGGACCUGACCAAACCAGUUUUGGGCUUUAUAAGAGCCUGUCUCUUCCCCUCUCUUUGGCUACCCAGUAAGAUUAGUUCACGUGGGAGAAAAAGUUGUUCACUUCUUGUGACUUAUUUUACAGUUUGGGCUAAAGAGAUCAGGGAUGCGUUUCAUCGUCUUACUUUGUUCUUUAUUUUUUGAUGCGUUUUGCACUAAUGUUAGGUUUGUAUAGUUGCUUUUUGAUUGAAGAGUAGGGAAGGUAAAACCAUCUGUGGAAAAAAGAAGUUUCUCCCACAGCCAAUGCAAAUGGCUUUCCAGUCACUGAUAUAUAAGGCUAGUGAAAUUGUCAAUUUUGCUGAGACUUCAUGCAUACUUCGGUAAUGGAGUUUUCUUCUGCUUCAUUUUAAUGAUUAACUGAUAUUUUCAGUUGAAUAUCGUGAUACUGCAUAAACGGACCUUACAUCAACAUAUACUUUGCCACAGCCAGGAUUAGAAUGUAAUCUAAGAUGGUGCCAUCCACGUGCAGGCAGCUUCCACAGGUUUCUGGGAUGCUACUUGUAAUUUACAAGACUGUAGAUGGGGGAAAAGGAAGCAGAGCUGAUUCGUUUCAGCAGAACUCUGAAUUGAAGGCCAUCUUGCUGUUGAGACGUGCAAAUCUGUAUCUCUCUAUCACUGUAUCUAUAGUGUCAGAGCAGCAUAAGAUAAGGAUUCAGAAGUGGUGGAAGUGUUAUUUCUUUACACGACAGGCAGCAUAAAAUCUCGAGCCACUUGCAGAUUUUCAAUAAACAAAACAAUAAACUCAAACAAGCAACAACAGGCACAAAUCUAUCAAGAUUUUCUUACGUUAAUUCUUUUAUUUUUUUAAGUAGACUUAAAAAAUUGUCUGUCGCAAGAAACACAGUCAUCGUAGCUUGGCUGUCAGAGUGCUUUCUGACACAGUAGCUCAUGAGAUAUUAUUUAAAACUUGAAUUCAAACUACGUGGAUUAAAUGCAACCACUCAGAAUGCAUACCAUCUCUAAGAGUUCAGAAUAGCAGGAUGAUAGAUUAAAUGUGCAAAGUUGACUAGGAUUUGAAAUAACUUUGGUUUUUUUUCUAUACUAAUGUUGUAGGAAGAGCAUUCUGCUGUGGUAUUAAUAGAUUAUGCAAUUUCAGAGGAGCUACAAAUGACAUAACGCACACAGCAAAAUCUUAGUUUGAAAGAGAAGAGAAUAAAAAAAUGAAAUCCAUCCUUCCAAAUAACCUGAAAUUGGAAUAAAUGGAGGAAAUCUGGGGUUGUAUUAAAAGCCUGGGAAAUUACUGUCAAUACAUUAAACAGGAUAUUGCUUCAGGAAGCUUUUAUUUUGGCCUUCUGAAACAAAGCAAUAAAUUAUAUGGUAUUGGUUAAUUUUUAGUCACCUGGAGACAGAUUUGUUUUGAUUAUCGUAUUUACCAAAUCUUGGCUAUAUAUUGGUGCGCUGAAAGAGACAUCAAGGUUUCGUGGCGUUUGUUUUGAAUGUAUUUUAGAAAACCAUGCACUAAACAAAUUAUGUCACAGAUCUUCAUGAGCAGAUUUCAGAUGAAGUAGCUUGUAUUCCUUUGUACCUUUUAUAGGUGUUCAGUUUCUUCGGUUUAACCUUUGGGCAGUUGUUAGCGUUUCCUAAGUAGCGCAGGACCUCUGUGCUCUUCGCACAGCUGAAAGCUUUGUAAGUGCUGAAAGCCAUUUGAUUUCUGUGGAGGAAAAUGUUGCUGAAUACCUGAUGAUUGCUAUCCCUAAGUAGUUUUUCUUUACUUGAAGCCUAUGAGAUUUCCCAUCCAUUGCUGCUUUACUUUGCUGCUCCCAGCAAAUUCACAACUGCUGCAGCUGCUCUAGACAGCUGCUGUGCUAACUCAUAACAGAUGUCAAAGUCAGAGGGCUGACAUUUAGUGGAAAUAUACUAUUAAAUACCACCUCAGUGGUUUAGUUGACCCUGCUAGAUAGUAGGCCACAGAGGAAAACAUUUUCACACUGUGUUUGUGCCCUGAAUCUCCUGGGAAUUCUUUUGUAAUUAGAAAGUAAGAUUGGCAGGGUAGUAUUUUUAAAGCCAAAUUCAUUUCUCCUUCAACACUGAGGACAAAGAGUUUGCAUUAUUGCAGGUGGAUCUCACAGUGGAGCAGACUAUUUCGUAGUUACAGUUUUGUGGCAAAUGGUAUCUGUGAGUGAAACUCAGAAGUGAAUUUCAGGACAGUUCUUGAGUUACUGAACUCAGUAUGAGUUCCCCACAAUGUCAGUGCAGAGCUGUGCUUGUGGAAGUAGGAGCAAUGAUGUGGUUAGAAAUGAGACUGUGGUGGCUUCAAAGAGCUAUGAGGCUGUGGCAUUACUUGGACACCUCUAGAGAGGGAUCAGCACUCACCAUAAUUAUUUAACACAGUACUGCCUAAUACAGAUGUUUUUUUGUGCAGUGACAUUACAAGAUCCCACAACAUUAAAUAAAUGGCACUAAGAAUAGCAGAAGUUCUGCUUUACUUUUAUCUCAUUCACAUAGAAGCAUACCAGACACAUUCUUUUCUUGCAUCACCCAGCUUCUAUGAAUGGGAUAAUGUUGUAAGUGGGACUAGCAGCUUUGAUCACUGCAAAUAACAGAAUUUUUCUCAUUCUGGCAGCUAAACACCUCAUGACUCAGACUUUUCACAAUGUACUGAAUCAUAAGAAUACGCUGGAGUAAUUACACUGUAGGGAAUUCUGGAAAUACUCUUCCAGUUGAGCUAGCUUGGCUCCUUCUGGUGUGUAUUCCCCCCCUCCGUGCUGUGGUCCUGCAUAGCACAUCACUUGGCCCAGGUGACUGAGAUUCCUUACGGUUCUUUUGGGGCAGUGUGCUGUAGUGCGUAGCAGCUGAGCUGCUCUGCAGAGUUCUGCAGUAGUGAUAUGGAGGGCUAGAUCCUUUCUGACACUGAGUACUCAGUCCUGAUGUAAACUAAGAGUACAUUAAUAAAAGUCACAACACUUCAAUCCACUUCUAUUUUAAGAAAAAAGUACUGUUUGCAGAUCUCUCUAAAGCCUGCCCCUCUCCUGCAUUCUGUGGAAGAGAAGCAAUUCAGUGGGUGCUUUGUGCUCUGUGCUUUAAUCUAAAACUGCAUAGAUGCAUGAGGUUGCUGAGCCUUUUUCUGCUCCUUGUAAAACACUCGCAAACUUAUCAUAUUCUUUCCCUCCCUUUCUACUGCAGGUCAUGACACCUUCCAAAACUUGACAGCAAUUAGGUCUCUGUUAUGCUGACCAGUGUCUUCUGUGUCACAUAGCUUUCUCUCCCCCUGCUGUCUCAUAACACUCACAAUUACAUUACUUACAGCAGCUCUGGGGCAAAGAUCAUUCUCUUUCUUAAACAGUAUCUGCCUUCGAGGCUCUUAGAGGCCUAAGACUCAUGGUCUGGCAGUACCAGUGCUUCAGGAGUGUACCAGUUGCAAUGGAAUAUGGCUUCUGGAGAUGGCGAGUAUUUAUUGUCACUGGACAUAGAAUGGGUACAGGGGGAAGUGUUUCAGCAGUUGAUUUGCACCCAGCUUUCUUUUUUUUAAAGCAAAAUACACCACAAGUGUUUGAGAAGAGUCUGUUGGAUCAAAGUGUGGCUUCUAGGAAGGUUCAUAAGGGACAUCUUUUCAGCUGAAGUCAUUACUGACUGCUCGGUUUUGUUGUUGCAACUUAAAAGUGUUGAGAAACUUUCCUUUUUUUUCCCUUUUGCUUCAUUUUUCUCCUCCUUUGUGCCUUUGCUCUAUCAUUGUUAAAUGCAUGCGGGUCGACUUGUUGGAAAUACCUUCUUGAGUACAUUUAUCCUGAAUGUGAGAAUAGUAAUAUUCUGUCUAAUGGUUUUAGGUGUAAAAUGUAUGUGAGUACACCUAUGUGUAUAUAUGAGUGAAUACAUGGGUACAUACAUAUGUAGGCAAUAAUAAAAUAUGUUUAGAUAAAAUAAUUUUGAAGUUGGAUAAACAAGGUUUUACCACCAGUGCUAAUUAGAAGAAGUACACAAAUUGACAAAAUGUGCAUGCCCAGAAUAUGAAUCAGAUUUUCUCUUUCAUCCUUAUCCUCAGCUGAAAGGGCUGUGUGUUGGUUUUAGUGGUUUUCUCAAGUGUUUUUGCUAAGUUAAAACCAAACAGCAGAUUACAGAACUGUUCUUGAAUAAAUCAGCUCAGAAUUGUCAGUGGAAUUCAAUGUACUUUCAGUCUUUGUUUAAAGCACAAAUAGUUACUUUAUAUUAAGUUCCUAAAUGGAAACUGAAGUGUCUUUUACGGUAUGAAGAAUAUAUUCAUGUUGUGCUGUUGUUGUUUUUUUCCUUUCUGAUAUUUCUUCCACUUCCUUUCUCUGGUC